AUGACACCCGCCAUCGACCUCGAAGCUACUGCUAACCGUCUCGACUCUUACACUCCAGCUGCUUUCCACAUGGAGCACCACCACCACCACAAAGACACCGCCGACCUCCUCAUGGAGGCCAAGGAAGCUCAGCGCAUCAAGACGCUCGAGAUCAUGGAUGCUCGUGCAGAGCUCCUUCGCGCCAAGCUCAGCGAUGACGCUUCCAGCGUCACCACCGCCGUCGACUCCAACAGCGGCAGCCCCGAAAAGGUCGUCGACGACUUCCACGACCCUUGCGGUCCCUUUGAAGGACCCGAGAAGCUUCUCGAGCUCUGGUUUGCCGAGGAGCCCUCGGAUGUCAGCGCCUGUCGAUGGUCCGACCCUGACGCUCGACCCGACCACUUUGGCCUUCGUUCCGUGCCCAAGGCCGUUUGGGAGACUAUGCUCGACAUUGUCAAGUGCAAAGUCCUCAGUGUCAUCCAAGGCUCUCACGUCGACGCCUAUCUUCUCAGCGAGUCCUCCAUGUUUGUCUUCCCGCACAAGCUCAUCCUCAAGACCUGUGGUACUACCACCCUCUUGCUCGGCCUCGAGAAGCUUCUGACCAUUGCUGCAAAGGCGCUCGCCGGUCUCAACACCGCCGCCACUUUUGCCAAGCUCUCGACCCCCGAAUCCGAAGACGCGGACGACAACGACGAGGCCUCCACCGCCAUGUCCGACUCGAGCUUCAUUCAGGAACGUCAGCUCGGCAGCAUCGUGAAGCACGCCUUCUACAGCCGAAAGAGCUUCAUGUUCCCCGAGCGUCAGAAGGGUCCUCACCGCGACUGGAUGCUCGAGGUUGCCGUCCUUGACCGCUUCUUCGAUCACGGCUCGGCUUACACCGUCGGCAAGAUGAACGGCGACCAUUGGCUCCUUUGGAUGGGUUGCGAGGGCGCACGUGAAGCCGAGGUUUCGAGUGUCGUCGAGCGACCUCUGACCUUGCCUGCACCCUGCGUCGAGGACCAGACGCUCGAGAUCCUCAUGACCCACCUCUCCUCUGCCUCGUGCGCCCGCUUCGUCUUCGACGAAGAGCUUCCGCACCCCACCGUCGCAGAGUGCUUCCCACGCAAGCAGCUCACCGCUGCCGAGGCUUCGGCUCCCGCGUCGUCGCUCGACAAGGGUCACGCUCUCGGUCUCGCUCUGUCGAACAAACUCGGCCUCACCGAACUCUUCCCGGACACGGAAAUCGACGCAUUCGCUUUCGAGCCCUGUGGUUACUCUGCCAACGCCGUCAUGCCUCGCGGCGGCAAAAACGACAAUGCAGGCUACUGGACCAUCCACGUCACGCCCGAAGAGGACUCGUCCUACGCUUCGUUCGAGACGAACGUGGCUCUGUGCUCCAACAGCCCUGCUGCCGACGCUCUGGACGAGACUACGCUGCAGCUGCCCACCAACCUGCCUUCGUUGGUGAGGCGUGUCGUCGACAUUUUCGAGCCGGGCAAGAUGUCCGUCACGCUGUUCGUCUCUACUUCCGAGCAGGAGGAGGAGCAGGUGGGAAGCGACAAGGCGGUCCUGACCAACGAGGACAUCCUACACGCUCUCUCCAUCAAAGGCUACAAGAGGACCGACAGGAUCGCUUACGAAUUUGAGAGGUACAACCUCGUCUUUGUUUCGUUUGAGAAGAGACGUUCCCGCUGA